UCCUCAGUUGUCGGGAGAGUGGGCAGAGAAGUGGCAGAUGGAAUACAGUACGAAGUUCUGCACUUUGGUGGAAAGAAUAGAGAUGUAGGACUGUUUUCUAAACAAGGAAACGCUUUGGAAAUCUGAAGCACAGAGGGACUAAUUGAGGAUUCUCCGAAAGUUAACGUGCAGGCUCUGAGCAAGGGUCACCCGAGCCCAAAACGUUAACUCUGAUUUUUGUCCACAGAUGCUAACACAACUCCGCUGCCUUUCCAACAAUUUCUGUUUUGCUUUGUCUAACCUGCAGGUUCACUUGGUGGGUGGGAAGGCAAAUGCGAUGUUACCUUUCCUUUCAAGAAGGUCAGAAUACAAAGAACAGGGAUGCACUGCUGAGGCUGUUUGAGGCUUUAGCUAGACUGCAUUUGAAAUAUUGUGAGCAGUUUUGGGCCCUGUAUCUAAGGAAGGAUGUGCUGGCUUUGGAGGAUUUCCACAGGAUGUUUACAAGAAGGAACCUGGGUUGAAAGGUUUAUCAGGUUGACGGCUCUGGGUCUGUACUUGCUGGAGUUUAGAGGCUGAGGGGAUGAUUUCAUUAAAACUUACAGGCCUGGAUACAGUGGAUAUAGAGAUGUUUCCACUAUUAGGAGAGACUAGGACCCAACAACACAGCCUCAGUGAAGGGAUGACCCUGUACAACUGAGUUGAGGGGGAAUUUGUGGAGCUUAUUGCUGCAGAAAGCUAUGGACGCCAAGUCACUGAGUGUAUUUAAGGCAGCAGUAGACAUGUUUUUGAUUAGUAAGAGGGUCACAGGAGAAAAGACAGGAGAAUGAAGUUGAGAAACAUAUCAGUCAUGAUUGAAUGGUAGAGCAGACCUGAUGGGCUGAAUUGUCUAAUUUUGUUCCUUUAUCUUAUGGUUUUGUGGAGGAAAGGUAGCUGUCAAUUCCUGUACAGCAAAAAAAGUCCUCUGAGCCGACUGUCUUUUUUUUGUGAAAAAAGAAAGAAUUGCAGAUGCUAAAAAUCCAAAACAAAAACAAAAAAUUGCUGGAAAAACUCGCAGGGUCUGGCCACAUCUGUGGAGAGAAAGCAGAGUCAAUGUUCCAGGUCCAGUGACCCUUCCUACAGAACUGACCUUUUAAGAAGCCCAGAGGCUGCUGAAAUGCCUCCGCCACCCUCCAGGUGUGUGGAGGGGGAAAAAGGUGCCUUCUCUGAUCUCCUCUUAAACCACUUACUCCUCACUUUAACCUUAUGGUCUCAGUUCUUAGACCAGCCUGCCAUAGGGAAGAGACUUUCACAAUCUACCUCUCAAUCAGAUCCGUCUUCAGCCUUGUCAGCUCCAAAGAAAACAAACCCAGCCUAUCCAAUCUGUCUUCAUAACUGAGAGUUCUCAUCCCAGGCAGUAUCAUGGGGAAUCUUCACUGCGCCCUCUCCAGUGCCACCCUAUCAGGACGUGAUUGAAAUCAGAGCUGCAUAGCAUUUCAUCUGUGAUCCAACCAAUAUUUUAUAAGGAGACAAAAAAUCCUGCAGAUGCUGGAAUCCAAGGAAGACAAACAGGAGGCUGGAAGAACACAGUAAGCCAGGCAGCAUCUGGAGGAAAGAAGAAAUCAACGUCCUGACGGAGGCUAAUGUUUUAUAAAGCUGUAGCAAGACUUCCUUGCUCUGACAUUCUAUGCCCUGGCGAAUGAAAGAAAACAUCCUGUAAGGCAUCUUCAACAUGUAUACCUAUGCUGACAUCUUCAGGGAUCCGUGGACUUGUACAGCAAGGUCCUUUUGUUCCUCAAUAUUCCAUGCAGUCUGUUGAAGAUCCAGAGCCAGAAGGAAUGUUUGAAUGCAGUUUGUGCAGUCUCAGAGCUCCAUACAGCUACCAUGGACAAAAGCCACCAAAUGCACGGUCUCUUGUACUUUUAGAGGAAUGCUAUACCAUGAAUGAUCCAUUCACGCCACAAAGGGACACAUUCUUGAUUCUUGGCUCCCACUGUAGUCUGUGCAACGCUGUUGUGUGUGUUGGUCAGGAAUGUAGCCUGUUUUAUACAAAGCGAUUCUGCAUCCCCUGUGUGAAGAAGCAUAUAGCUGAAUUUCCUGAAGAGAUUCAGCUGGACCUGCAGAAGAAAAAGCAGUAACAAACUUCAAGCCUUCAGGUGAACACAGCAAAGAAUCAGCUUUAAGAUGAAAAUAAGGGAGUUAAAUAUUCACAGUAACCUGGACAUUUGAAAGAGGUUUUCUUUCUCUAUGUAAAGUUAAGAGCUAUAGUUCAUUCAUAAUUCAACUGCCUGCCAGUUCUUUAGGAAAUACUUGCUAUAACAAGAGUAAGCUCAGUCGAUGUUUCUUCUAUGGAGCACAAUGUAUUGAUGUCCGCUGCAGAAAUCAUGUUUUACAUCUUUGCAUUUAAGGGCUAAUAGCUCUGCAGUGACAGUCAUUUUGAUCUAUGAGAGGAGAAAAGAUUAUUGUAUUCCUCAAUCAUCUUUUCAGAGAUCCAAGAAAACUUUGUCAAUUGUUAAAAUAUUUCACAAUAUCGAAAAGUCUUCUUUCUGUUCGUCGUACCUUCCCUAGGCUGCUCAUCACCAGACGAGUAAGAAAAAGACCCCAUUCACUGAUUCCAUCUUUAUUUUGACAGAGUACCCAUUGCUUUUGUUGUGUACAUCUUCCUGACUAAAUUGCUCCUAUAAGGGACUCUGCCUUUGUGAACACUACUACUAUUGCAGUGGCAAAAGCAUGUUGGAGCAAAGAUAUCACCAAAGUCUCUUUAGAUAAAUACAUCUCAUACUUGCAACAUAGAACAUAGAAAAGUACAGCACAGUACAGGCCCUUCGGCCCACGAUGUUGUGCCGUAAAUCUGGGAAAAAUGAUGAGGCUUGCAGCCCUGAAAAUGAUGAUAUAUUCAUGAGAUGAUAAUUAAACUUCUGUAUCCAAAAAUGUGGUAUCUGAAGCUUUGAAGCUAUUAGCAGUGCUUGAUCUCAUGCUAUUUACUGGUUUGGUCCUCUUCAUUAUUUCUGAACUCCUUUUGGGGUCUAAAUGAAAGGGGAUACUUCAACAAGAACAACUUGCAUUUUGUGAAGUAAAUUUAAGGUAAUUGAAGUCCCUUUGUGCUCCAUGCGACUCUUCCUUGACAUAGGAAAUAAGGUUUCAACAGUUGGAUAAAGAGUUUUAAAAUUUUUUGAGAAACAUAAGAUGGAGGGACAGGAGUUUAGGGAGGACAUUUGAGGUAAGGGCCAAAGUGAAGUCAUUGUCCAUUACUUCACCCUGAGAUGUUCCAUUUAUUUCAAGGGUGAAAGUAGACAAAUAUGCUGAUUGGAUGGAUUAUAUCCUCAAGUCAGACACUGAAGUUGUGAAAAUUUCAGGUUUUCUGCUGCUGACGAACUUCCUCUUGCUUUGUUUCUUUUUGAGUUAACUUGACUAAAAUACUUCUUUCUAAAUAUUGGUUUUCGUUUUCUUGAAUUCCACAUUUAUUGUUCUUUAUUUUCUUUCUACAUCUCCUGUUGCACCACAUCUUCCUCAGCCCCACAUCACCAUUGAAGAUCCAUCGCGUGUGGAAGUGAAAGAAUAUUUAAUACGAGGAUGAAUGUGGUAGUUAAACCUCUUAAAGAUUCAGCCAGUUUAAAAGUUUUGUUUUGUACAUUUACAAAUUUCUAAGUUCAUUGUCUGAUUUAUCCAGCAUUUAAACUGUUCCAUAAAUGAUGGCAUCAACAGUAGCCUGCAAUUGCUUUGAAAUUUCAGGAAAUACAGUCACACUUUCCACUGUAUGUUUCAUGCUUGAGGUUGUAAAACUUUAGAUCUAACAUAGCUUUUUAUUUAUUGUUCUUGUGAAGAUUUGUAGCUCAGGUUGUGAUGAGUUUUUUGUUUGCUGCACGUACUGGCUGGUUGUUGUACAAAUGUUUUGUCACCACGUGAGAUGACAUCAUCAGUGCAGCCUCCGAUGAAGCAAUGUUGUUCUGUUCCACUUGCUAUCUAUAUGACCCAGUCUGUUAAGUUGGAUUGUAUCAUUUCUGGUUCUGUUCUGCAUGGGUUUGUAUAUGGGGCCCAAUUCCACAAUGAAGGCCAUCAGUUUGACUGGGUCACUGUGACCAUCUUAACUCAAGCUAACUGCAGACACACGAGGGAAUUCCUAGAGGCCUAGUUUUCAACCCGUAAUGCAAUCAACAAACAACAACAAGAGGACACAGUAUGCCCCAGUGUACUGGCCACACUACGCUAUUAUCAAGAACAUAUCUUCCUCCCACAGUUUAAAGACAUGUGGGCUAGGUGGAUUGGUCGUGCUAAAUUGCCUGUGGUGUUCAGGAGUGUGUGCGUUAUAGGGGAAUUGGUCUGGGUGGGAUGCUCCAAGGGGCGGUGUGGACCUGUUGGGCCAAAGGGCCUGUUUCCACACUGCAGGGAAUCUAAUCUAAUCUAAUCAUGUCAGAACUGACAACGAGACUCCUGCAAUCACUAAAAAUCUUGGUAGCACACAAACCUACAGCCACACUGUGACAAACACAAGGACCAAAGACGCCAUACCCAUGGCAUGCAGGAUCAAUGGAGUUUACUAAAUGCCAUGCAAUGACCGCAACACAAACAUUACGUCAGCCAGAAGGAAACCGGCUAUUGAGAUACAUGAACACCAGCUAGCAGCAAAACAACACGACAAACUUUCACUCAUCUCAGUGGAUGCCAUUAAUUUAACUGGGACAAUGUGAUCAUCUUUGCUCAAGCCAACCACAGACACGUACAGGAAUUCCUAGAGGCCUAGUUUUCAAUCCAUAAUGCAAUCAACAAAUGUGGAAUUAGACUCCACAUACAGACUCAUGCAGAACAGAACCGGAAAUGGCACAGCCCACCAUAACAUAACAGACCAGAUCAUGUCAGUACCAAAUGGAGUAAAACAACAUCACUUCGUCCGAGGCCUCACUGAUGAUGUUACUUAGCAUGUGACAAAAUGUCUGUAUGAUAACCAGCCAGCUCGGCAAGCAAGCCAACAGCCUCAUAGCUUUUUAUUUAGGCAAUAGGUCUACUAAUACAAAUCUUUUCAUAGCUGCAAGUUGAAGUAUGGGCAGUAGCAACUCAGUUUAAACCAUAGUUCUAAGGUUUACAAUAUUCCAGAGAUUGUGACUCAAGUCUUAGUUGCAAACGGUACAAAGUAGGGGAGGUGGUGGCCUACUAGUAUUAUUGCUGGACUGUUAACCCAGAGACCUAGGUAAUGUUCUGGGGACCCAGAUUUGAAUCCUGCCUCAGCAGACUAGGGAAUUUGAAUUCAAUAAAUAUCUGGACUUAAGAGUCUAAUGACGACCGUGAGUCCAUUGCCAAUUGUCAGAAAAACCCAUCUGGCUCACUAAUGUCCUUUUAGGGAAGGAAAAUAUUUUCCCCCCUUUUCUUACCUGGUCUGGCCUACAUGUGACUCCAGGCCAACAGCAAUGUAGUUGACUCUUAAUUACCCUCUGGGCAUUUGGGUAUGGACAAUAACUGCUGCGUGGCCAGCAAUGCCCUCAUCCUGUGAAUGAAUAAAGAAAAAAAAGUCCCUUUUUUCACUGGCAAUUCUACAAAUUGCUUUUUAGCAAACUGUAAUUAACAAAACAUUUACUUUUAGUGUGCCUUAGCUGAAACAUUUCUGAUCCUGCUAUUUCAGUAAGAGUUUAAAUUUCCUCUGAAUCAUAAAAUACAACUGAAACUAAUUAUAAUGGAGCUCAGGUAAUAAAAGAAAAAUAUUGCUAAAAGUGUGAAAUAAAAUCAAAGUGCUAAAGAAACUUAUCAGGUAUGCCAGCAUCCAUGGAGAGAGAGAUAGGGUUCAUUUAUAUGACUGUUCAGAAUUGGGCAUUAGUAAUGUUGUUUGAUUGUCCAAAUCUCCUACUUUCCAUUUGUAUUGCCUUGAGUUGAAGCAAUCAGUUGCUCCAUAUGGCAGAAUACUGGUAGAAUGCAGGAAGUGAGGCAAAUUCUAUAUAUUGAUUCAAUGAAGCCAAUACAGGUGCUAAUGAUGGUUUCCCGAACUAAUAACUAGCAACGGAGAAGCAGCAAUAUCAGAGACAUUUGAAAGAAGGACUAUUGAACAAUCAAAAAGGUAGCUAAGAAAGCUAUAAAGACGUAUUGGAAUCCCAGGCAGUUAAGAAAGUGGAAUACUCAACAUGGUAUCUCAAAAGAGCUAAAGAGUUAAUGGAGUUUGUGAGUGCUCUCGUUUUCACACUCUCUGCGCAUUCUUCUCGGACUUAUUUAAUUCAGUCCCAUUUGAAAUGAGAAGAGUCAUAUCAGAUUUGAAACAUUUAACUCUGUUUCUCUCUUCACAGAUGUUGCCAGACCUUGAGUUUCUCCAAAAUUUUUUUUCAUUCCAUAAAUAUUAAAGGAUGAUUGUAGCUGAACAAUGGCUCCUCAUGUCAUUGGCACCAUGAACGUUCAACGUCUAAAACUGAUCAAAUAAUAAAGCUGUAUGUUAAAUUAAAAUUUUGCAUACAGAAUCUGGAUUGACAAUUGCUGUAUGGUUAUCAGGUAAAUCUUUUCCUCCCUUUUCUGAUGUGCACACAUCAGAGAACUGGGUUAUACGUUUUCCAUUUGUAAUUUUCCUCUGCAAAGAUGCAUUAUAUGGCUUCACUUUCGAACAUCUUACAUAAGCCAGUCUGCAUUAUUUUGAUAGCUAUCAAACCAAUCCAGUCAGCACAAGGAUUACGUAUAAGACUUAACAAGUUGUGGUGUCAAUGGUAGCCAUGAUGUGGAGGUGGGCAAAGUCAGAAGUCACAUGACACCAGGUUAUGGUCUAAUAGGUUUAUUUGAAAUCACAAGCUUUCAGAGCGUAGCCCUUUGUCACCUGACCAUAACCUGAUGAUGUGUGACUUCUGACUUUAACAAAUUAUUCCCUUCUUGCAGCCAUAACUCAAAGAUAAAGUAUAAUGCAUCAGUGAAUCACAUUUCAUUUAAAAUUUUGACAGUAUAAUUGAUAACAUUCCAACGUUAAACUUUACAGAGUGCAUGAACAAAUAAAGUUGAAAUCUUUAUUGACAAAAGACAUAGUUUACAUGUUCCAUAGUAGUUCAGCAUUAGCUAGGUUUUGCUGAAGAACAAUGUAGUAGUUAUCACCCUUAAAAGAUUAAAUGCUAUUUGGCAUAACAAAGUGUGAAGCUGGGUGA